CCCUCCGGUGCCAUGUCGCAGAGCGGGAUCCCCGGACUGCAGGAGGAGAACCUGCAGGGCUCUUGGGUUGAGCUGCACUUCAGCCAUGGCUCAAACGGGAGCGGCGUCCCUGCCUCGGUCUGUCUCUAUAAUGGUGACCUGGAGAAAAUACUGCGGGACGCCCAGCAUGAAUCUGGAUGGAGCAGCUCCAAGAGCUCUCACUGUGACAGUCCGCCUCGCUCACAGACCCCACAGGAUAAUAACAGAGCUUCGGAGGCAGAUUCCCACAGCGUCGGGGAGAAGAAGAGCAUCCAGUCCGAGGAAGACUACUUGGAGAGGAGAAAGGAGGUGGAGAGGAUCCUGAAGAAGAACUCGGACUGGAUCUGGGAAUGGUCGAGCUGGCUGAAAAAUGUGCCCCUCAAGGAGUUCCUCUUCAGACACCCUAGGCGUGCCACCGCCCUGAGCAUGAGGAACAUGAGCGUCAUGAGGAAGGGCGGCAUCUUCUCGGCUGAGUUCCUGAAGGUGUUCCUCCCGUCCCUGCUGCUCUCCCACCUCCUGGCCAUUGGACUGGGGAUCUAUAUUGGAAGGCGCCUGACCACCUCCACCAGUACCUUCUGAGGAAGAACUGGAAUCGGCUUUUUUCCCCUGCGGGGCUUAGCGGAGCUUGCAGCGCAGCUGCCCAAGGAGCUGUCCCAGUCCUGGGGUGGUGCACCGUUUGUGUGUGUUCUGUAAAUGCUGUGUUCCUAACUUAGUAAAAUGAAAGAGAAGACACUAAAAUCAUGCUGAUCUAUACUCAUACCUAUGGGAUCAAUGAAUAAGCAUGCCAUACUGAUUAAUAUCGACUGUAAUAAUUUGGUAGUAAAUUUCCUUUGGAUAUUAAAAUAUCUUAAGUAUAAAUAA